AUAAAGGUGGUGCUGAAAAGCUGAGAGAGAAGAGGUUGAAGUCCUUUAAGGCUGAUGUUUUAAAAUAACAAAUUGUUCCAUUGGCGAUGUUACCAGUCAGUCAUGUCAGCCUAGUGAGUCGGAGGCAGCGGAGAGGAGAGAGAGCAGCCCAGUGAGCCCAGUUCAACUGUUAGUCAAGGUUCUGCAGCUGAAGCGAUGUCUUUGAUGGAGCGUGGGGGAGUCCGGCCAAUUACGGCAGUGGCAUGGACCUCCAACACCAGCACCUGCCCCAGAGAUUUCAACCUGAUCAGCAUCACAGAAGACGGCGCAGCAGCGAACUUUACACGCAGCUUUGCGAUGAAGUCUGGAUAUUACCUCUGUUACAGCAAGGACUUGGCAGGUGGUAUGGUAGUGUCAGACAUUCAGCUUAUUUCAGAUAAGGACUCUAUUCCUCAUGGUUAUUGCUAUAUAGCAGAGCACCUUGAACCAAAAACCUCUGUUUCAAAGAAGAAACGGGUGUGUGUACGCGUCGUCCCAGUGGGCAGUGUGGACACAGCUGUGUUGGAAAUCAAACUGACAGCCAAAAGCAAAAUGAUGUUGCAGCACUACACAUAUGUGGGAGACGUCCAUGGCUACGUGUUGUGGUGCAGAAAGGGCUAUUUUUCUAGCCCCAUGCCCCAAGCCAAGCCCCGCAGUGUCAGUCUGGACCUCCGCAGACUCUCAUUGGAGCAGCCGUCUGCUCCGCUGCCCCUCAGACCCAGCAACCCUCUUCCUCCACUGCCAAAUAAUAAACUGAGCCAGAGACGCCACAGCCUCCACACCAAGGACAACUUGGACAAACCUGCUGACAACAGUAUCCAGGGAAUCACAGCUCUAGAUGGCGUUCCCUUUAGCCUUCACCCAAAGUUUGAUAUCCAUGCAAACGGCACGACUCAACUGAACUCUCAGUUAAACAACAUUUGCAUAAAGUCUCUCCAAGACAUUGAAAAUGAGUAUAACUACUCUUUUGUAGUGGAGGAGUCUGCUGCCAGAAGGACCAGACCAUCAGUGCCAACAGGAGGCGCCCCGUCAGCUCAGUGAUCUUUGAACUUUGACAAAGCAACAGUAUCAGACUUCUGCGUUUUGCUCUGUCCAAAGGCAUUUAGCAUGACAUCUCACAUUAUGGUACAGAUGAAGGAUGAUCUUGCCUACAUGUACACUGUAGGCUUACAAUGUUGAGCUUCAAGUGGAAAGGAUUUAUCAUAACAGGGUCAAUUAAAAGGUCAUCUAUGGGUACUAGCCUUCUACAUGGGACUGACAAUCAUACUUGAAAGCCGUUUAGAUGGUUUGGCUGUUUGGUUGACAUGCCACACUUAUCCCUUGCAUUCCUUUUUAUUUGUCUAUCAUGUUAAGUCUAUACUCCAUUACCAUUUUCAAGCAUUCCAAGUUUCUAUUUGCCAAAGGAAAGGCCUGUUUGAAAGGAAGCAUGCUUGUAAUUAUAUUGUCUUAACAUGUCUUUAGACUGUGUGUAGGAAUACAGUCUUUAAAGGCUUUACAAGGUUAGAGAUGUAGAGUAGAGUAUCUGCUGUUUGGGGCUACUCAUCGGCAGCAUUAAGCCCACUGUCAAAUUCAGACUAAUUGUUUGCUAAAAAAUGCUUUAUUAUAUCAUAAAGAUGCACUUGCUAUUGAAGAUGGCUGUGUUGUAUUUUACUUGAUGUCCUUGAGUGCUACACAUCUUUAAUUGUUUAAGAAUGUAUAAAGCAAAGCUAUAAUAUUGGUGGAUGAACUUUGCUGCAAAUGUUUAACUGAACACGCUAGAAACACUAAAUGUUGGAUAUAGGAUAUUUCUUGUAUGAAGAGUAGCAUCCUAUCAGGUUUGUAUUAUUCCAAAGAAGAAUAUAUCCUAUUUUAAGGUGAAUGGAGGAAGGUUGUAUAUUUUUCUCUGUGUGUUAGUCAUACUUAAACAAGAUGUGUGGGGGGUAAGGGAAGAGAAUCUUUUUUCUUUUCUUUUUUUUUUUUUACUUUCUGGCAGAAUUAGGGCCAAAUAUUUAUCUUUUUCAUUGUACAAUACAUAAAGUUAUGUGUUAUUGUUUUUAAGGUCUGUAUAGGAAACUUUUAUUGCAUGGAAAAAAUAAAAACCUAAAAAAACA